AUGAGGUCACGCUGUGUGUUUAGUUUUACGUGUCUAUUGACACUGGUGCUGGGCGGCUCACUAGAGGAGGUAGAUCAGCGUUUUUUGACAGAAGGGGCUUCGCUUCAAAUCCUUCAAGAAUACGAUGCCAUAUUGAACGAUCUUCGAAAAACUGAUCCUCAAGAUCCUACGAUAUCCAAUGUGUUGUAUAAGCAUGGGCUAGUCAACUUCUCUCUUAAGCGAGACAAAUUGGCUUUACAGGAUUUUGAAUACUGUCUUGAUAUCAAUCCAAAUCACCAGGGGUGUUUAGACCGACUGCGAGAACUAUGUAUCGAGAUGGGUGAGUACGAUGAGGCAGAGGCGCGAGGAAUCAAUGUGGAUGAAUACAAGCAAAUGGAGCAAGCCGUGGUAAUACUACACAACAAGAACAGAUACACAGAAAGCAUAGAAAAGGCACAGGAGCUCAUUAACAUCUCCCCACUGAACAUGAGAGUGAGAGCCAUAAUUAUUGACUGCUUGAAAAAAUCCAAACUAGAUUUUGCACAGAAGGUUCAGCUUCUAGCCGACCAGUAUGGCGUACUCGUCAACAACGACAGGUCUCUCGAAAACUAUGUGGAUCUCUUUGAUUUACAAUUUUUUGGCAAGGCCACGGACAUCAGCAGCUGCUCCAAAGUGUUGAAAACUUGUCUAAAGUACGACAAUGAUUUUAAGGAAUGCCGCGAGCGGACUAAGAUGACGGUCAAAAUGAGCAAAUUCUUUGACUUGUAUGAGCAGAUUUCCAUUUAUUACUCAUAUCUAUAUUUAGACGAGGGUGAUUUGAAGCGUUUGGAGGACUUGGAACCAUCGGACGAUGUAUGGAGACAAUUGCACGAGCUGAUAUUUGGGAAAAUCAAGGUGCGUGGCCAGGAGAAUCUACUUGGUGUUGAUAUUUCCAAACACCGUACCAAUCUGGACAUGCUGGUAGAGUUGACUGUGAAAGCGCUUGAACGGUUUGGGUUUUCGAAGCAGGAGAUCCUGGACCACUCACCGUUUCUCCGCGAACUUGCUCGUAUGGCCAAGGAGUCCUGUAUCCGCACAGGAAAGCCAUACAAAAAUAAGCUAGACUACAAGGACGAAAUUCUACCGGAGCAGUUUGCGGAAGUGGACAAGCUGCUGCGCAAAAAAAAGUACGCCGAGGCAAAGCACAAGCUGGACGCCAUGCGUGGCGGUUUCAAAAAGAGCUCGUUAUGGAAACAGAGAAACGAACAGCUGCUCAAGUUCAGGGAGAAUGAGCAGAGACAGAGAGCCAGGCAGCAGCAACAAAAGCAGUACCAGCAGUAUCAGCAGUAUCAGCAAUAUCAGCAGAACCAGCAGUAUCAGCAGAACCAGCAACCGCCUCCACAAAGAGCUCCGGAUGGCAUGGAUCCUUAUAAAGUGUUGGGAGUCUCAAAAACUGCUGAUGAUGCAGAAAUUAGGAAAGCAUACAGAGAGAAAAUGAAGCAGAAUCAUCCGGAUAAGAUGAAAAAUUCCAACCUUUCGCAAGAGGAAAUUGAGCAGAAGGUGGCUGAGAUCAACAAUGCCUACGAGAUCCUGUCGGAUGCGGAAUCGAAACAACAAUACGACCAGCAAUCAAGUGGAAACCAUGGGCAGGGCUUUGCAGGUCAACAAUUUCGUCCCCCUAAUGCAGGCGGCGGCGCCUUCUUUCAGGGGGAACCAUUCGGAUUUAAUUUCCACUUUGACUCAUUCGGUCAGAAUGGGGCCAAGCGCGGCUACAAAGUAAAGAGAAAAGGCGGUAGGGGCUGA